UGGAUCAAGUGGAUGUCCCUUUCAAAACUUCUUUGUAACAAGUAAUAACUAACAGCAUAUAGUCUGUAGCAGCCAGUUAACAGCAUUAUUCGAGACUAUUGAAGACUUCGAAUGUACAUUAUAUUCAGGUUACAUUUUCAAGAAGAAAGAUACAACUUGUAUUCGUAUUGAUUAAAUUCAUGUUAAAUGAUGGCAAAUAAUAACAAGAGUUCUUUUAUUACUGUACCUGGCUUCUGUCCGGAUUGUGGUUCAGUUUUACCUUUGCUUGGGGAGAAAGGAGGAAUUACAUGUUACACAUGCAAAAGAGAAUGGGAUGCUGAAGUUUUUGGCGAUAUGGAAAUGACACAUACGAUCCAUUUUAAUACUAAAGAUACUUAUGUGUCUGUCAAAGAAGAGGAACAUGAUAGUGAAGAUGACGCAGAAGGACCAACAGUGGAGCGAGAAUGUCCUCAGUGUCAUAAUGAUAAAAUGUCCUAUGCAACAUUGCAAUUGAGGUCUGCUGACGAAGGACAAACUGUAUUUUUCACAUGUACCAAGUGCAAAUUCAAGAUAACAGAGAAUUCUUAAUAUGGAUUUAAUAUAAAACUAUAUUUUAUAAGAAAUAUUGUAGAACAUAUGCGAUUCUUCUGUUUUUUAUUUUUCAAAUAGAAAGUUUACAUUCUUGUGUAGAAUAUAUAGAAUGAUUAAAGAAAUAAAUUCUAACACUUUAGGAUAUU